AUGGCUAGCCCUCCUGUGCUAGCUUUCGAUGCUGAGGGCCGCCCAGUGAAGUUCGAAACCUGGCUAGAUGACCUACACCUCUUCCUACAGCUCACUGCCAAGGAAGACAUCUCACUGUACGAUCACGCCCUAGGCCAUGCUACUGCUCCUGCUGCUACUGCUGACAGCACUGCUCGCUCACAGUGGCAGACUCGUGACGCCCACGCUCGCUUCGCUAUUCGCAACUCCCUGCCGAUAGAUGAGCGCGAGCACUUUGGGCAGCACAAGACUGCACAGGCACCGUACACUGCUGUCGUUGCCCGCUACUCCUCACCGGCCUCUACUGCACUAGGCCGUCUCUCUCUUCCCUACCUGUUCCCCGACUUAGCCUCGUUCCACACAGUCGCUGACCUCAUCACGCACCUCCGUACUAGUGAGGCCCGCUUCCGUGCCGCCAUGCCCGCUGAGUUCCUUGCCACUCACCCCCCCCCACUCUGGCUCACUCUCUACCACCUAGUCACCCGCCUCCCUUACACACUUCGUGCUGUCAGGGACCACUUCCUAGCUCGCUGCCCCACUGAGCUCACCAUUGCCCUCCUCGAGAAGGAACUGCUUGCAGUUGAGGCUAGCAUAGUCGCUGUAGGUGCCUCUCGUGGCAACCCCCGUACCCCGUUCUUUGAGGGGUGUUCUCCUUCCCCCCUUCUUCCCUCUGUCGCCUCUGCUGCUGCUGUCGACCUCCUUGGUGCUGAGAAGGUCGGGACUGCGUCUGCUUCGAGCGGGCGCCGCAGCGGCAAGGGCAAAGGGGGCAAGGGCGGUGGCGGUGACAGCGGGGGAGGCGGUGGUGGGGGAGGUGGUGGCGAUGGGGGUGGUGGCACGACUGGAGGGACUAGUGGCAGCGGUGGGGGUGGUGGCGGCAGUGGCGGGGGAGGUGGCCGGGGCGGAGGCGGUGGUGGGGGUGGCGGUGGACGCGGUGGCGGCAGAGGUUGGGGUGGUCGAGGAGGUGGCGGUAGCGGUGGUGGUCGUGGAGGCGCUGGCGGUGGCCAGGGCCAGCAGCACACUCCGUCGCCCCAGGAGGGGGUUGAUAUCUAUGCUCUAGACUUUGAUGCUAUUCUCACUGCUAUGUAUGUGAUGUCUACUAGUGGAGACGGUGCUGAGUACCUGUGUGUGCCGCCCGACCCGGGCAUUAGGACUAGUGCGUCUGCCGCUCCAGGUACUCGCGUGUCUGCUACCCCAGGUGCUGGUGAGGCAGCUGCUCUAGGUGCUUGUGCAUCUACCCCCCCUGGUACUGAGUCGACGGCAGCACUGCACACCUUCACACUGGACUCAGGUGCUUCUCGCUGCUUCUUUCGUGACCGCACUGCCCUUGAGCCGCUUGCUCGGCCGGUUGCUGUCUCCCUCGCUGACCCCUCUGAAGGUCCGGUCAUUGCGACCUCCUCCACUGUUCUUCCCUGUCCUGCGGUCCCGUCGGGCACACUGUCAGGUCUCCACCUCCCCUCGUUCUCUACGAACUUGGUGGCAGGUUGUGCACUCCAGGACGGGGGUGUUCACCAGUUCACCCCUGCCUACGAGCGUGUGACACACUGCACGUGUGCUCGUACGGGCCGUCACUUGGCUACCUUCACUCGGCAGCCGGGGUCGGACCUGUACACACUGACCACUGAGUCCCCUCAGGUUGCUGCGUCUGUGUCUGCGUCCGCGUCAGGUCAGCUGUCUGCCCCCUGCUCGUGUCACUCUCUGGCGCACGAGACUAUCUUCUGGCACCACCGACUUGGCCACCCGUCUGUGCAGCGCCUUCGUGCCAUGCACUCCUGGUACCUUGUCUCUGGUCUUCCCAGGGUCCUCCCUCCCCUCCCACCCUCGCCUGCUCCUCCCUGUCUUCCCUGUGUCGAGGGGCGGCAGCGCGCCGCUCCUCACUCCUCCUCGUUUCCCCCGACGACUGCUCCCUUGCAGACGCUCCACAUGGACGUGUGGGGCCCAGCCCGCGUCCGUGGUCAGGGUCAGGAGAGGUACUUCUUGAUUGUUGUUGACGACUACUCGCGCUACACCACGGUCUUCCCCUUGCGCACCAAGGGUGAGGUCCCUGAUGUCUUGAUCCCUUGGAUCCGCAGAGCCCAUCUCCAGCCCAGCGAGCGUUUGCACUCGGACUUUCCUUUCCUGCGCUUGCACUCUGACAGAGGUGGUGAGUUCUCCUCCGACCUCUUGGCAGCCUACUGUGCUGAGCAUAGCAUUGAGCAGUCGUUCACGCUUCCGGCCUCUCCACAGCAGAAUGGGGUUGCGGAGCACCGCAUUGGCCUGGUCAUGGAGGUCGCCCAUACCUCCUUGAUCCAUGCGGCUGCCCCUCACUUUCUGUGGCCGUUUGCGGUCCGGUACGCUGCGCAUCAGCUCAACCUCUGGCCCCGUGUCUCCUUGCCGGAGACCUCGCCCACACUGCUGUGGACGGGGGAGGUUGGCGAUGCGUCGCAUUUCCGGUUUUACCACAUCACCUCGCGCCGAGUCUUGCCCUCUCAGGACGUCACUUUUGACAAGUCCGUCCCCUACUACCGCCUCUUCCCCUACCGCACUGCCCCUCUCCCCCCCCCGCCUCUCUUCCUUGCACCAGGUGCUGCUGUCGUAGACCCCCUCCCCCCUCAGGGUGCCGCUCCCUCAGGUGUGUCUCAGGUAGACCCGGUUGAGCCUGUUGAGGUAGCUGUCGACUCUCGUCCUGCUGCGGGUGCGGGGCCUGGGGGUGCGGAGCCUGGGGGUGCGGAGCCUGGGGGUGCUGAGCCUGGGGGUGCAGAGCCUGGGGGUGCGGAGCCUGGGGGUGCGGAGCCUGGGGGUGUUGAGCCUGGGAGUACUGAGCCUGGGGGUGCUGAGCCGUUGAGUCUGGAGUCUGGGGGUUCUGAGUCUAGAGGUCCUGAGCCUGAGGGUCCUACACCUGGAGGAGUCCUCUCCUCGGAGCAGCUGCGUGCGUGGUACUUACAGUACUGCAGCCUCAGGAGCGGUACCUCUGGAGCCAGGCGUACUACUGGGACUGGUGCUAGUGCUUCUUCUCCUAGCCGGGAGCUCCCCUCCCGUGAGCGGAUCCGUGAGUGGUACGAGCGGCGCUGCACUCUUCGGAGUGGCGCGCCUGCUGUCGCGGACCCCGCUGCUGCUGCUGGUACUGCGGACCCGGGCGUUGGAGUUGCUGCUGGUGCUGCGGACCCGGGCGCUGGUGCUGCUGCUGGUUCUGAGGACCCGGGCGUUGGAGCUGCUGCUGGUGCUGCGGACCCGGGCGCUGCUGCUGCUGUUACUGCGGACCCGGGCGCUGGUGCUGCUGCUGGUGCUGAGGACCCCGGCGUUGGAGCUGCUGCUGGUACUGCGGACCCGGGCGUUGGAGCUGCUUCUGGUGCUGCGGACCCGGGUGCUGGUGCUGUGGAGUCGAGCGUUGGAGCUGCUGCUGGUGCUGGUGCUGCCGCUGGGGGUGCUGGUGCUGUCCCUGCUGUGUCUGGAGUCGCCACGCGGCCUCGGCCGUACUUCGUACCGCUCCUUCAGCAGGUUCUUGGUCUCUCGCCUCCUCCUGGUCCUCCUCCCUUAGCGUGUCCACAGCCUGUCCCGUCACAGUUACAGUUGCAGCCGGCCUCCCCACUACCUGCUCCUUCUCCCUACGCUGGACCUAUUGGAGGUCUUACUGAGCGUCGUGAGCCUGCGUCUCGCCCUGCGUCGCCUGUCCGUGCUGCUAGCGCUAGUGGUCGUGGUUCGCGUCAGCGUCCUCCUCCUGUCCGUGGCACGCACCGGAUGUCUCUGCGUCCGUCCACUGCUCCUCUGCGUGCCCCUUUGCCUUCUCCUCCUGAGUCUUCUCUUCCUGCUCUUGCCGACCCGGAGUCGGUCUCUCUUCGUGCUGCCAGUCCUACUGUCACGCGUCUCCUUGCUACUGUCGUCAUUGACCCUUCCUUUGAGUCCACUGCUGCGUCUGCCCUAGUUGCUGAGCUUGUCGACUUUGCUGCUCGCUGUCGUCUAGACUACGCUGCUAGUCUUGUCGCUGAGUCUGAGUCUGUCUGUCCUCCGUCCGUCGGGGGUGAGUGUGCCCUUGGCACGGACGUCCUUGAGGACAGGCAGGAGGAGUUCCAGUGCUUGGCCGCUGCUUCACCUCAUCUCGUGUCCGUACUGCUUACCCCUGAGGGAGACCCGGAUGCAAUUGACAUCCCGACUCCGCGCUCUUACGCGGAGGCGAUAGAGGGUCCCUACUCCUCUCAGUGGCAGGCAGCUAUGGAUGCAGAGAUGGCUUCCUGGAAGUCCACAGGCACCUACGUUGACGCUGUCCCCCCUUAUGGGGCGAACAUCGUCAGUGGCAUGUGGAUUUUCAGGGUGAAGCGGCCGCCGGGUUCUCCGCCUGUCUUCAAGGCGCGUUACGUGGCUCGUGGCUUCAGUCAGCGGCAGGGAGUUGACUACUUUCAGACCUUCUCUCCCACCCCGAAGAUGACCACUCUUCGGGUACUGCUGCACGUAGCUGCUCACCGAGACUACGAGCUACACUCUCUUGACUUCAGUACUGCUUUCGUGCAAGGCAGCCUGCACGAGGAGAUCUGGCUGCGCCGCCCACUUGGCUUCACUAGGACUUUUCCUCCUUGCACCCAGUGGAGCCUCCAGCGGCCAGUCUACGGUCUCCGCCAGGCGCCGCGUGAGUGGCACGACACACUGAGGACUACGCUUGCGGCUCUUGGGUUUGCUCCUUCUACUGCCGACCCGUCACUGUUUCUACGCACCGACACUUCUUUGCCGCCGUUCUACAUCCUCGUGUACGUCGACGACUUGGUCUUUGCCACAGCUGACACUACUAGACUCGCCUACGUGAAGUCCGAGCUGCAGAAGAGACACACGUGCACAGACCUGGGUGAACUGCGCAGCUACCUUGGCUUGCAGAUCACACGGGACAGAGCACGCCGCACCAUCACCCUGACUCAGUCACACAUGGUGCAGCAGGUCCUUCAGCGCUUUGGCUUCACGUACUCCUCGCCUCAGGCCACUCCUCUGUCUACUCGCCACUCACUCUCAGCUCUGCCUUCGGAUGAGUCCGUAGAGUCGAGUGGCCCGUACCCAGAGCUUGUUGGCUGCCUCAUGUACCUGAUGACCUGCACACGACCUGACCUUGCAUACCCUCUUAGCAUUCUCGCACGCCAUGUUGCUCCUGGGAGACACCGACCAGAGCACAUGGCUGCAGCGAAGAGGGUGUUGCGCUACUUGUGCAGUACGUUGGGCAUGGGGCUAGUGCUUGGAGGGCGGAGUCCAGUGGUCCUCACUGGUCACGCAGACGCUUCUUGGGCUGACGACCAGGCUACGCAAUGGUCGUCACAGGGUUACACCUUCAGCCUUGGUUCCGGCUCUGUUUCGUGGCGGGCUACCCGCUCGUCUUCUGUUCUCGGCUCCUGUUGUGCGGCUGAGAUCCACGCAGGAGCCAUGGCUGCUCAGGAGCUUCGCUGGCUCACCUACCUGCUGACCGACCUUGGAGAGCCGCCUCGUUCUCCUCCAGUCCUAUACGUAGACAACAAGGCCAUGCUGGCCUUGUGUCGAGAGCAGAGACUGGAGCACAGAUCAAAGCACAUUGCUCUCCGCUACUUCCUUGCUCGUGAGCUACAGCAGCGUGGUCAGUUGCGGCUUGCGUACGUGGCCUCUGAGGCCAACACUGCUGAUGUCUUCACCAAGGCACUUGCGCCUUGUGAUCAUCAGCGCUUCUGCACCCAGCUGGGUCUUGUACCUGUCUUGCCUCACUUGCUCUCCUCUUGA